AGGAACUCCCCUUUGAGAUGGGUUGCAAAUGCUGCCGAAAAGAAGUGGCUAAGGGUUCCUAUUACAGGUUCUGCAAGGCAUGCUAUUCUCCCUAUCACCCCAGCUGCGCCCAAGUUGCAUUUCUGCACAAAUCGUGUUACGAGGAAAGCUGCUCUGAUGUUAUCAGCUCCAUGGACGAUUUCGGAGGCCUACUCAAUGUCUCGGGUGGUGGUGGACCCCGGCGGUGCUGCUGGUCCGUCAACAGUGGACUCCGAUUCCAGUUCGGACGACGGGGACGAGGCACAGGAAGAGGAAGAGGAACAGGAGCUAUUUCAGUUCAACAUGUAGUAGUAUGGCUGAUUGUUAAAUUUUCUGACAAAUAUUGGUGGUUCGGAAUACAAUGAAGUAAGAGAUCAGAGAAGAAUAAGGUUUUGUAGGACAAUCAUAAUUUUGACCUUCUGUUUUUAGUACUUCUGGAGAUGGAAGAAGUUUAAGUUUGAAGGACAAAGCUACAUUUUGCCUUUUGUUUUUUGGAGCUUACCAGUAGAUGUUAUGUCCUUGGAUUGCAGUUUUGCUCUUUGAUACUCACAAGUUGAUA